CGCUCGCUCUCCAAACUAGGACUUGCUCAGCCGGAGGCCAGCAGCUGGAGCUGGCGCUGCAGCUCUGCAGCAGGGCUCCCCUGCCCACGGGGACCCCGGCCCCCACCCGCCCGCUCUGCCUGCCACCUGAGGGCACCUCCUGCCUGCCACCCUGCCUUCCAGAUCAGGUCAAAGGGGCUUCCCUCAACCCUCCCUUGCCUUCUGCUUCCUAACCCUCUUGGACCUGUCGGGGUGGGGUUGCGGGGGGAGGGUCCCCCAGGCACCACUGUCCCCAAACCAGGCUCCUGGAGCUGAUGGAAGGGGAGCGGGAAGGGAUGGGGGUCUGAGCUGCUGUCCCCGAGCCGGGGCAGACCCCGUCGUGGUAAACAUGACUGGCCUAGUCGCCCCCCGUACCGCGCAGCCCUGGCCCACGUCUCGCACUGUGAAGUUUGCUUUGGUUUGGUUUUGGCAGUCUCCCUUUAGUGAGUGGAGACCUGGGCACCCUGUCUCGGCAGGCCCCACUUCCAGCCGUCCCCACCCCCUUCCCUCGACCUCAGCCUCAGCGCUGUGGGAGCAGAGCCGCCAGGGCAGCUUCUGACCCACAGGCCCUGCUGGAGAUGACCUCUGGGCACCAUUGCCAGCCUUCACCAGGACGCGGCGCCUGGGGCGUGGUGGCAUUCCACACUCAGUGUGGAACGGGCGCUCUGGCUGAAUCCCACAGGGUGGGCUGUGCCAGCACCCUGGGAGGCAGAGCAGUCCCUGGAGGCCCGAUCUGGUGCCGGGGCAGAGGGCAUCUGUCCCAGCAUGCGCAGACCCCCCACGCAGCCCAGGCUGCCUAGCUGUGUUCCUCGUAUGGUGGGUGGUGGCCGUCCUGGCUGCUCCCGCUUCCCUUUCUGGCUCCUACCUGCACCGUCGUGCAUGCCCAGUUGUAUCUGGCUUUUGAUGACCCCAGGCACUGUAGUCCACCAGGCUCCUCCAUCCAUGGGAUUCUGCAGCCACCCGCCUGCCCCUGCCAUGGAGACCUUCAUUAAGAGACACUUCCAGCGGAAGGCGCCCGGCCCAGGGGAGGGGCCGCGGCGGCCCAGCGGCGCGGGGCUGCCCACGAGCAAGGCCCGGCGCCGAUCACCCGCGGGGCAGGCCUCCUCCUUGCUGGUACAGCGGCGGCGCUCCAGCGCGCAGCUCCAGGGCUGCCUCCUGAGCUGCGGGGUGGUGGCCCCGCGCCCUGGCCGCCGCCGGCGCUCCAGCACCGCGCCCCCCGCCUGCAAUCCCCGCUUCGCCGUGGAGGAGGUGCCCACCCAGCCGCAGCCGGCCGUGGUGGGGCCCCAGUUUCUGGUGGCACCCCUGCUGUUGGCUGGGCUCGUGGGCAUGGAGGAGGAAGAGGGCUUGCAGGAGGAGGAUGUGAGGGUCGUGUCACCGAGCGCCCAGCUGGGCGCCGGGACCCCAGGGCCGCCCCCACGCCCGCCCCGCGGCGGGCUGCCCCUGCUGCCGGUGCCGCGCUGGCGCCGGCGCCGGGCCUCCUCCCACCUGCUGCCCGCAGACGUGGUGAAAGACCACGGGCUCUGGGGCCUGCACGGUCACUACCGGCGCCUCAGCCAGCCACGGCCCAUGGGCCAGCACCCCAGCCCAGGAGGUCGAAGAGCCUCGGGCACUGCAGCCGGCCUCGGGAUGCCCGCCCGCGUGCGCCCGCUGUCCCGCCGGCGCCAGGUAGCCCUGCGGCGCAAGUCAGCCGGACCCCAGACCUGGAGUACCCUGCUUGCGAAAGCCAUCACCAAGUCGGGCCUCCAGCACCUGGCACCCCCUCCUCCUGCUCCUGGGGCCCCGUGCAGCGAGCCUGAGCGGCAGAUCCGGAGCACCGUGGACUGGAGUGAGUCGGCGACCUAUGGGGAACACAUCUGGUUCGAGACCAACGUGUCCGGGGACUUCUGCUACGUCGGAGAGCAGUACUGCGUCGCCAAGAUGCUGCAGAAAUCAGUGUCCCGGAGAAAGUGUGCGGCCUGCAAGAUUGUGGUCCACACGCCUUGCAUCGAGCAGCUCGAGAAGAUAAAUUUCCGCUGUAAGCCAUCCUUCCGUGAAUCGGGCUCCAGGAACGUCCGUGAGCCAACCUUCGUGCGGCACCACUGGGUACACCGGCGGCGCCAGGACGGCAAGUGUCGGCACUGCGGGAAGGGCUUCCAGCAGAAGUUCACCUUCCAUAGCAAGGAGAUCGUGGCCAUCAGCUGCUCCUGGUGCAAGCAAGCAUACCACAGCAAGGUGUCCUGCUUCAUGCUGCAGCAGAUCGAGGAGCCGUGCUCCCUGGGGGUCCACGCCGCCGUGGUCAUCCCCCCUACCUGGAUCCUCCGGGCCCGCAGGCCCCAGAACACCCUCAAAGCCAGCAAGAAGAAAAAGAGAGCAUCCUUCAAGAGGAAGUCUAGCAAGAAAGGGCCUGAGGAGGGCCGCUGGAGACCCUUCAUCAUCAGGCCUACUCCGUCUCCCCUCAUGAAGCCCCUGCUGGUGUUCGUGAACCCCAAGAGUGGGGGCAACCAGGGCGCCAAGAUCAUCCAGUCCUUCCUCUGGUAUCUGAAUCCCCGGCAAGUCUUUGACCUGAGCCAGGGGGGUCCCAGGGAGGCGCUGGAGAUGUAUCGCCGGGUGCACAACCUGCGGAUCCUGGCCUGCGGGGGCGACGGCACGGUCGGCUGGAUCCUUUCCACACUGGACCAGCUGCGCUUGAAGCCGCCGCCGCCAGUCGCCAUCCUGCCCCUGGGCACUGGCAAUGACUUGGCCCGCACCCUCAACUGGGGCGGGGGCUACACCGACGAGCCUGUGUCCAAGAUCCUGUCUCACGUGGAAGAGGGCAACGUGGUGCAGCUGGACCGCUGGGACCUCCGUGCAGAGCCCAACCUCGAGGCAGGGCCUGAAGAGCGAGACGAGGGGGCCACCGACCGGCUGCCUCUGGAUGUCUUCAACAACUACUUCAGCCUGGGCUUUGAUGCCCACGUCACCCUGGAGUUUCACGAGUCUCGAGAGGCCAACCCGGAGAAGUUCAACAGCCGCUUCCGGAAUAAGAUGUUCUAUGCCGGGACAGCCUUCUCCGACUUCCUGAUGGGCAGCUCCAAGGACUUGGCCAAGCACAUCCGCGUGGUGUGUGAUGGGACUGACCUGACCCCCAAGAUUCAGGACCUGAAACCCCAGUGCAUUGUUUUCUUGAACAUCCCCAGGUACUGCGCAGGCACCAUGCCCUGGGGCCACCCUGGGGAGCACCAUGACUUCGAGCCCCAGCGGCACGACGAUGGCUACCUCGAGGUCAUCGGCUUUACCAUGACCUCCCUGGCCGCGCUGCAGGUGGGCGGGCAUGGCGAGCGGCUGACGCAGUGCCGAGAGGUGCUGCUCACCACGUCCAAAGCCAUCCCAGUGCAGGUGGACGGCGAGCCCUGCAAGCUUGCAGCCUCCCGCAUCCGCAUCGCCCUGCGCAACCAGGCCACCAUGGUGCAGAAGGCCAAGCGGCGGAGCGCUGCCCCCCUGCACAGCGACCAGCAGCCGGUGCCGGAGCAGCUGCGAGUCCAGGUGAGCAGGGUCAGCAUGCACGACUACGAGGCCCUGCACUACGACAAGGAGCAGCUCAAAGAGGCUUCCGUGCCACUGGGCACUGUGGUGGUCCCGGGAGACAGCGACCUGGAGCUGUGCCGUGCUCACAUCGAGAGGCUCCGGCAGGAGCCUGAAGGUGCUGGAGCCAAGGCCCCGAUGUGUCAGAAACUGUCCCCCAAGUGGUGCUUCCUCGAUGCCACCACUGCCAGCCGCUUCUACAGAAUCGACAGGGCCCAGGAACACCUCAACUACGUGACUGAGAUCGCGCAGGACGAGAUUUAUAUCCUGGACCCUGAGCUGCUGGGGGCAUCUGCCCGUCCUGACCUCCCCACCCCCACGUCCCCUCUCCCCACCUCGCCCUGCUCCCCCACAUCCCGGUUACUGCCAGGGGACGCUGCGCCCCCUACAGGUGAAGAGCUCAUCGAGGCUGCCAAGAGGAACGAUUUCUGUAAGCUCCAGGAGCUGCACCGAGCUGGGGGCGACCUCAUGCACCGUGAUGAACGGAGCCGCACGCUCCUGCACCACGCGGUCAGCACCGGUAGCAAGGAAGUGGUCCGCUACCUGCUGGAGCACGCGCCCACUGAGAUCCUUGAUGCCGUGGAGGAAAAUGGGGAGACCUGCCUGCACCAGGCGGCAGCCCUGGGCCAGCGCACCAUCUGCCACUACAUCGUGGAGGCCGGGGCCUCGCUCAUGAAGACCGACCAGCAGGGCGACACUCCCCGGCAGAGAGCUGAGAAGGCUCAGGACACGGAACUGGCGGCUUACCUGGAGAACCGGCAGCAUUACCAGAUGAUCCAGCGGGAGGACCAGGAGACGGCGGUGUGAGGGCCGGCCAGUCCCCUCCUGGCCUCCGCGCUGCCACAUUCCAGUCAGAUGGCCACAGAGGGACCCGGGCCCAGGGAAGGAGCCGCGUGCUGCUCCUUGAGGAGCUGCCCAGACCUAGGGCUGGACUCUAAGGAGCUGGGGGGGGGUCUCACCCUGUCCCCUGAGGCCACAGCCUCACCCAGCGGGAGGCUCACAGGGGACCAGGAAACUGGACUGGGCUGCGCAGGCCUGGGGGUGGGGGGCAUAGCAUUGGGGGCGGCCCUCACCUUCCUGCUGUGGGGGCCUUGGAGUUCAGGGGCCGCAGCUGGGAGGGCAGAGGGCCUUGAGGAAGCCCCCAGGAAGAGGCUUCUCAAGCCUCACAGCCUUUCGGGACUGUCACUCUGAGGCUCCUGGGAGCUCAGCCCCCUCUCCUGCCUUGACCCCCCACCCACCCGGGGUCUUCUGCUGCACCUGCCUGCCCGCCUGCCGCCCUGCUUAGCUCCCCUGUGACCUUCCUCCCAAAUCCUGUCAUUUCACCUCCGACUCUGUGGCCUGGGGGUUGGGAUGGGGCUCCCUCAUGGUGACAUGUUUACAGCUGGGUGUGACUCAGUAAAGUGUAUUUUU